UAACAUCAUUGUCCGUGCCUCGUUUGUGUUCGGAAAUCAAAAUACUUUGUCUCAUACCAUUUCGACGGUGGUCGCCUGUAGCAAACUGGAAUAUUCGAGUAUUUUUUAAAAAUUUAAAUUAAAUAACAGUUAUGUGAUGGCCAGUAUUCUAGCUGUUUUUAUAAUAUUAUUACUGACAUUUUUCGAGAAAAGCUUAUUUAUAUUCGCCGACGAACCGGAUAUAGAAGAAAUACCUCUAACGAAGUCACUAGCCAUAUCUACGAAUUUUACGGAUGGAAUGAAAAAAGACGUGAAUCUUGACAGAAACUUCGUGGAACUCUACAGAGAAAUGAUGAAAAUAAGCAAGAAUGUUGAGGAGAUGCUGGGUUCCGAGGAAGAGAAGAGAUUAAAGAGAAUAGUAGGGGAAGACAAUUUAAUGCUGUUAAAAGAAGGCUCCUUGACACGACGUCGAGGCCUACUACUACGCUCCACAACUCAGCAGAGGCGUCAACAAAACAAGGCUUUGCGAAGGGAGAAACUUAACGGACAAGGCUUGAGGAACCACAUGCAGCAUGUCAAAAAGACAACACCAACUGGCAACGUCACAUGAUGACUUUUAAAAAAAUAAGAAUUAUCUUGGGUUCGAAAAAAGGAUUUUGUAUUUUUUAUUGUGAAAUAAAAUAAAAUUUAUGUCUA